AUGGAGCUCAAUGUCUCCAAAUGUGUAGUUAUGUUUCUCGGUCGCAGUAGCUUAGUUCAUGAGUAUGACUAUUGCAUCGAUGGCAGAAGUCUCAGCGUGGUCGAGAAAUUCAGAGAUCUUGGUGUAAUCACUGUCCCUUCACUCAGCCCACAAGAUCAUCUGAUCCAUAUAUCCUCAAGAGUCUCUUCUCUGUUGGGGUUUAUCCAUCGCUCCACAAGAUCUUUCAAAUCUCCCAUGGCACUCGUCACGCUAUACAAAUCCCUGGCCCGACCAAUCUUAGAGUACUGCUCUGUCAUCUGGAAUCCUUAUCAAACUGGCCAUAUUGAAAUCUUAAACAGGAUUCAAACACGAUUUCUUAAACUACUGGGUCUGAAACUCGGGUUUCCUUUCCUCGACGUUCCUGUAGCAGCUCUCGAGGUGCACUUUGGCCUUCAGCCACUUCCCCUGAGACGACAAGUCAACGACAUUGUAUUCCUUUUCAAAGUGGCAAAUGGGAUCAUUGACUGUCCCGAACUCUUGAACGAAGUGGACUUUAACGCUCCCAGAGGAACCCGAUCCAGAGCUGUCUUCAGAAGGAGGUAUCAGCCCACGAACUAUACCCUUCACCACGGAAUCUCCAGACUGCUGAGAUUUAGCGAAGACCUCUGCCCACACUUGGAUUUCUUUGGGCCAUCACCAGCAUCCUUCAGACGUGAUGUCCAGAGGUUGCUCUACUGA